UGGUCUGAGAAACAGAUCCCGGGGCAGAGAGGAAGACGAGGAGGAUGAAGCAGCUGCUGGUGCUCUGCUGGGGCCUUCUGGCCUUGGCCGGCACAACCCCCUCGCCCCUGCAGACCAGGGCGCUGCAGAUGGUGCUGGAUGAGUACCAUAACAAGAGCCACGUCCAAUUUUUUUUUAAGCAGCAAUUGAUGGCUGAGCGCAUGGAAACGCUCCCGAUGGGGACCUUCGUGGACCUGGAAGUCGAUCUCAUUCAAACUCUCUGCAGGAAAUCGCAGCCAAGGAUACCGAACUGCCAGAUCAAAGCAGGCGGGAGGAAGCAGAGGUGUCUGGCUUGCUUCAAAUUUGACGCCAGUGAAAAUGUGUUGGACAAAUCCAUGCGGUGCCUGUCGCAGCAAGCUCCGAUGUUCCAGCAAGUGAAGAAGAAGCAGGCCCAGGACUGUGGCCAGGUGAAGCUGGUGGGAGAAGAGCAUUACCGGCCCGGCGUGUUUGCCUUCUCCAAGGGGCUCCCGGAGUGGGCUGACUGAGGGGGCUGCCUCUGGCCCGGACUGAUCACUGUCUGGAUGGGACCAUGUGGAAAAGUCAACAGAGUCCAGGCCUGCUAGAUGGCCCAGAUCCAGCCGGAACCCUCUCUGCUCGCUUCUUCUCCCCACAGUGAGCAGACCCUCCAUGACCUCCAACCAAGGAAGGCAGCAGCAGCCCAGCAGAGUGACCACCAUCCGGGGGGAGCUCGGCCCCCACAGCAACAGGACCACCAAGCCCCAGAAGAGCCUGCCAUUUUCUCUGCCUGACCUUUGAUCUCUAUUUACUCCCACAAUAAAGAUGCCAGCAGAGGCUUCACCUG